GGUGCUAGGCCGAGUGCAAUUCUCCUGCCUGCGCCGCUCCUCAUCUCCUUCACUUCUGGCUGUUUUGGCAGUGCAAGGUGUUCAGCUCCUCAUUCAGUCCAAACACAAUCGACACUCUCUACAAUUGUUGUGUCAAGUCGUUCAUUCAGCCAACCACACGCUCGCUAUCUCUUUCAUUCAUUGUUCUGCUUUCGACACGCUUAGGGGGGCCACCUUCUGGCUCAGCUUGCUCAACUCACCAGCCUCCCCUUAACCUGCAGUCCUUGCCUGCGCUUGGUCCACCUGCAGCCUUGAAAGCUGACGACUGCAGCACAAAAAGUCAACCUUUUAACGAUCUCAAAACCUGUAUCGCGGCUCAAGAAGAGCCGGAACGAUAGGUCUGGGAAUACACUCGCCUACUGUCGCUGCCUCCCGUGGAUAACACCACAACCGAAAGCGAUGCAAUAAAGCCCGGACAGACAAAGAUCACGAAGUGCAAGGCAAUUGAGCUGGGCUCUUGUUACCUUGACCAACGGCUGCGCCGUGCCACAACACCAUCCGUCCAUUCAGCAACACUCUGGUUUUCGAGGCCAGACCUGCUCACCGGCCGCUCGCAUGUGGCCAGCCUCUCAUUAAUAUUAUACUCAUCUGCUGCCCGGUCGCAGCCACAUCUCUACCAACAUCACAAAUCUGAAAAAUCCUCCCUGCCAUCGCCAUGGGUUGCUGCGGCGGUGAACGGGAGAAAUAUGGCAAUCUCAACGCCGAACAAAAAUGGGAAUACAUUAAUCUCGAUGACUUCAAAUCCAACUCGUGCUGGACACCUUUUGCCUAUGGCUACCUCAUUGUCAUGCUGAUCGUCUCCCUCUCCGUCUACGCCGUCGAUACCUUUACGGCCAUCAACUUGCUCGCAUUUGACCGGUGGGCUGGGCAGAUCAAGCCAGAGAUUCCGCUGCAUAUCUCUCGAUGGAUCUUUGCCGGAUGUAUUAUCCUUUCCUUCGUGCUUCUCAUCUAUCGAUGGAUACGUGCAAUUCGAGUCAUGCGCCAAGGAGGAGUUGCCAAAAGCUAUCUCGACCCUCUCGCCGUGCGCGUGCAGUCGGUGCGCUGGGGUAAAGGAAGAGGGUGGAAACGGUUCUUGGUGUUCGCCGAAUUGACGAAGAGUAAAAAGGGUGCCGACUACGUUGCACUCUUCACCUAUUUCUCCUUCGAGGCAUGGCUCCGAAUCGUCUUCGCCGAAGGUCCGCGCCAAGUCGUCAACGCCAUCACAUUAUAUUCUGUGAUGCGGUUAAAACUCAUUCCCCAGGGUGAACACGCUCCCGAGGAUGGACACUCACCCGUGGUGCAGUUCUUUGUCAACAUCGGAGUCCUUGCAGACGAGAACCACCUUCAGGCUGUCAUACUCUUCGGCAUGCUUUGGACUCUAUUCAUUUGGGUCAUUUCGGUUCUCAGUCUGAUUGUCUCGGUCAUUCUGUACCUCCUCUUCCUCUGGCAUCAUAUUCCCACGGGCGACGGAGGGCUAACCGGCUACUGCCGUAACAAAAUUAACAGGAGGAUGGAGCGGAUUGUCAAGGUCAAGGUCGACAAGGCAUUGAGGAAGGAGAACGAACUUCGCGCUGGCCAGGAGGCCAGGGCAGUACGUGAAGGCCUGUGUGUCAAGAAACAGCCUACCUUGCCGAACAUCAGCACUUCUGACGUCGACUCUCUAUCUGGAUUGUCAAGACAGACGACGAUGACAACCCUGCCUGAAUACUCAUCUCGUCCAGGCACGGGAAGCAACAGCAAUGAAUCUAUCCCGACGUUGCCUGAUAUCUCAGGGCGUCCAAUUAUGCCCGUACGAACCGUCACGCACGGCUCUGCAGCAUCUUUCUCUAGCUACAGUUCGAACGCGCCUUUGGUUGGCGCAGCGGGAGACAUGGGCCAGAUACCUGAUCGGUCGCAAACUCCUGUCGGAGAUCCAGCCGGUCCAUGGUACGGUAAACCGCUACCAAACCGAAGUAUGACCGGACUUGCCCAGCCGCCGCAACGGCCUUAUAGCCCUGCCCUCGCGCGGCCUGGUACGGCACAAGGAGACAGGAAUGGCGCUGGCUCUUAUCAAAUGGACUCCCUUCCUCGUCCUGGCACAAGCAUGUCAAAUGGGCCAAGACCAAGAUACCCGCCUGACAACGGCGGCGCCCUUCCAUAUCCAGAUGAUCGCAGUUCUACCUCCUCAGUGAAGCCGCCUUCAUGGUCGGGACCCAAUUUUGAUGGUACGGCUGAUCCUAUGGGUCGACGUACCCCGGCGGCUACCGUAGGUCGACCUUUCCCUGGCAUCCCGGAGGAACGAGGUCGCAACUCUCCACUACCUGGCCCCCAAUUUCGAUCCCAGAGCACAACUCCAGGCUUUCCGGAAAGACCAUACACACCCAACGGAGGUCCGACGUUAUCUCGCCCUCAGAAUCCAGCAUCUGGUGGGUACGUCCCUUAUACCGCUGAACCGCGCUCUAUGACACCAGUGUCGUCUGUUCCUCCAGGUGCUGCACCGCGUAAUGUCAGUGAACCACCACGGUCAUACUCACCAUUUGGACGGCCAGGGCUUCCCGCUGGUCCGCCAGGCUACAGGCAGCCACCUCAAAGACGGGGUAGCGCUGUGGACGACAUUCUGGAUCACUAUUGAAGGCCUGGAACUGAUCUUGGUUUCGCGCUUGGCUCAUGACGACGAACUUAAUGACGAUACUAGCUAGAUGCUGCCUCUGUAACAAAAUUCCAUACCAUGAUACCACUGUCAA